CCAAACAAUUUGUAGUCAUCGUCUCUCCCUCUACUUUCCAAACCCAUCAUGAGUAGUAAUAUUUAUAGUUAAGAUUCAGGUUAGAAGUUGGGCAAAAUCAAACCUCUUCUCCUCUUUCUUUUUCUUAGUCAACAAAGAAAACUUUCCAUUGAUCUUCUUCUUCUUCUUCUUCUUCUUCGAAUACUGGUUCAAAGUUAUUUAACCAGAUUCGAAAUUCAGUAUUUUGUUGGGUCAGUUUAAGAUGGGUGACAUUAUCGGUCAUAAAGAUAGGCAAAUAUGGUUACCCUCUCAAGAUCCCUUGUUUGAUCAUUCCAACAAACAACAGUUGCAGAAAUCCGUCAAGAACCACCACCACCAUCACCACCACCAUGGCAGCGGUGGAUUCCGACGACCCGGUGCACCUCCUCUCAGAGAAACUUUUCCUUUGGAUCAUAAUACAAGACAAAAGCAGCAAAACAAUUGGCAAAGGAGUAAAGGAGAGGAACCAAUGCAAGCAUUUUUCUUGGUUUCGCCGAGCCGUACAACUUCCGGCACCGGUGUUUUUCUCCCGGCCACCGCUUCUCAUCCGCCAACCAAAAAACCAGCUUGCUCGCCGGUGCUUCUCCCGGCGCGUGUUGUUCAAGCACUUAAUCUCAACGUUCACAACAACGGUAUUCAUAUUUCACCCCGUUCAGAAAUUCGAGAAAAUGAUUCGAAGAAGAAGAGCGAAAUUGUGGUGGAAACACCAAUGAAAACAGAAGCUGAAACUCCGAUUGAUUCGCCGGAGAAACUUCUCCCGGAGGAAUGGAUUUAUUGAUGACCCGACCGUGAUGAUUGACCAAUUUUACUUAUUAAUGUGGAGAAGUAGAAUCCAAAUAAAAGAAAAUGAAAGAUUCUAUGUCGGAUUCUUGUGUUGUGUAAUGCUUCGUUACCAUUGGAUUAGUAAUAAUAACCAAAUAAAAUCAACCCGUUUGUGACUGUUUAUAUUCAUAUUGUGAUUUCUAUAUAGUCAAUUUGCAAUUUG